AUGAAAACAUCUGCAUCUUUUGUGAUGAUUUGCGUGACAGUAUGGGUUUUUAUUCUCCUUUUCUGCCCCGGUCCUCUGAGAGCCCGGCUCGGCACCACCCCCAACAUCAAACACAUCGUGGUCGGAAGGUGCUACAAUUACAUCACACUGGUUAACCCCAGCUUAAGGCAUGACUGUGACGACAUCUGGAGACACUUUGAGGAGGCAGUUGUCCGUCAGUCCUCUUGUAACGUGACGGUGGAGGACUAUCACCCCAUGUUUUACUCCAUGCCACAAGCCUGGCCUUGUGACAGAUUCCUGUUCUGGAGUAAAACCAGGUCGCUCAUGCACAGCUACGCGGCUGUGGUUCGUCACUUUUGGACUCUCGAGGACACGCUGGUGGGCUACAUGUUCAACGACCUCGUCUGGUGUGGACAAGAGGAAGACUCAGAUUUUGACUUCGGCUCCUGCCCGGAGUGGUCGGCAUGCAGGAAUCAUCCGGUGUAUUCCUUAUGGAGGCAAGCGUCACAAAAUUUUGCAGAAAUGGCGUGUGGCAACAUCACCGUGUUGCUGAACGGGUCCAUUGAGAACGCCUUCAAUAAGAAAAGCAUGUUUGGAAGUGUUGAACUGGACAGUCUGAACCCUCACAGGGUGGAUUAUGUCAACAUAAAGGUGGUGACCAAUCUGGAGGGACCCUUUCUAGAAUCAUGUCACCAAGGAUCCAUCGUAGACCUCAUCCACAUCCUUCAGUCCAGAGGCUUCAGGUGGACGUGCACAGACAAUGACCAGACCCUGAUGAUCCUUCAGUGCAUCCAGAACCCGGAACAAUCCGUGUGCCAAACAUGUGCGAACAACCUCAUCCAUCAGAAGAAAGCUACAAUCAAAUAAAUCACACUCGCCCUGUUAUUCAGCUGUUUAUCAGGAAAGUUGCAUCAAAUGAAAUAUUUGCUUAAAUAUUCCCCACAUUGGUGUUUUCUUUAUUCCCUCCUAUUUUUGUUGCUCUUAUUUCAUCAGAAAGUUC